AAGACCAGAUUCAGGAAAAACAGAGAGCGCAUAUUCCCCUGAACCUGGACGCCAAAUAAGACCAUGUGUGAAAUUCAGCCCCAGAAGCCCCCACAAACUACAAAGAGGUCCACCUCUCCACGUUUCCAUUUUCCAAGCCCCUCCUAAACGUUCAUUAUCAUCAUCAUCUUCUUUACAAAUCUUCGAAGAAGAAGAAGAAGAAGAAGAAGAUAACACAGCAAACAAUUGAUUUUCCACAAAAAAGAGAGAGAGACCAUGGCAGAGAGUUUGGUGGAAAUCCAAAUCCCACAGCAAAAGCUGUUCAAGGGAAUUGAAUUUCCUUCGGUUGUGGGUCCAAGUCCCUCAGUUUCCUUCACUCUCACCCACUUCAUCAAAACCGUACAAACCCAGAAACCAUUCAUCCAGUCGCUGCUUCACAAAUCAGGAGCAGUGCUCUUGAGGGGUUUCCCAAUAAAAACAGCAUCCGACUUCAACGAUGUGGUGGAGGCUUUUGGGUUCGAGGAACUGCCUUACGUUGGAGGUGCCGCCCCUAGGAACAACGUUGUUGGUCGUGUCUACACCGCCAAUGAGUCCCCACCCGAUCAGAAGAUUCCUUUCCACCACGAAAUGUCUCAGGUUCCUGAGUACCCAUCCAAGUUGUUUUUCUUCUGUGAAAUAGAGCCAAAAAGUGGGGGAGAAACUCCUAUUGUCCUUAGCCACAUUGUGUAUGAGAGAAUGAAAGAGAGGUACCCUGAAUUCGUUGAACGAUUAGAAGAGCACGGUUUGAUAUAUACUCGAUUUUUAGGACAAGAGGAUGACCCUUCAUCUCCUAUUGGCCGUGGAUGGCAGUCCACCUUCUUGACCAAAGACAGGACUGUGGCUGAGCAAAGGGCUGCUAAGUUAGGCGUGAGGUUAGAAUGGAUGGAGAAUAACGUAGUGAAAACGGUAAUGGGUCCGAUCCCGGCAAUCAAAUACGAUGAGAGUAGAAAACGAAAGAUUUGGUUCAACAGCAUGGUUGCUGCUUAUACAGGGUGGGAAGACUCGAGGAAUGUUCCUGAGAAGGCCGUCACUUUUGGCGAUGGUAAGCCAUUGCCAGCAGAUAUUAUCCACGAUUGCUCCAGAAUAUUUGAUGAGGAAUCUGUUACCUUCCCAUGGCAGAAAUGUGAUGUUCUUCUGGUGGAUAACUUGGCUGUUCUUCAUUCCAGACGUUCAUUCACUCCACCUCGCCGAGUACUCGCAUCGCUCUGCAAGUAGACUACUUGCUUGGCUCUUCCUGUAGAGAGGGAAGAAAUGCCUGCAUUAAGGGAUGAGGAGAUAUUCUGUACUAUUAUCGCUUGCUCUGUUUCCUCUGUUUCAUUUAUGUAAACAGAUUAGAAUUGGAGCUUUAUAUAAUAAUCUCUAUCGGAGGAAUGUUGGGUCUUUUAUGGUAUGUAAACUUCGCCAAAGCAAAACACGUGAAUCUUAAAGCCAUUAUGUCAGGUUUUCUA